AUGGCAUACAUUAAUACGCUGCCAAUACGAGUGCGUAACUCUUUGAAAAUCCCAAUAGCUGUGGAAAACGAAGGUUUUUUCUAUCGUCAUCAUCCAGUAACCUUUUCUCUAGUCGCGUCAAAUACCAGAAACAGCAAAAAAUCAUAUCGUGCAAGUGGGCGUAUCUUUCUCACUGACAAACGAUUAAUAUUCAUUGCAGAUAAGCCAUCCAAUGACGGUUUUGAAACAUUUUCAUUGAUUUUCACAUACGUCUCGACAUCAAUGCUUGCUCCAAUUGCUAUAAGAAACUCUUUUGCGGUCACAUUAGCCCUGAAUAGUAGCAAUAGUAAUAAUGCAAUUGAAACUUUAAAACUCACAAUCACAUUUGAUUCAAAAGACAUGAAAGCAAAACAAACAAUGGCAGAUUAUUAUUCGAUGAUUAUGGAGAGUACAUCGGCUGUUAAUAAAAAGAAAUCUGAAAUUGCACCGGAUACUUUGGAAAGUAUUACUGCAUUGAAUGCUAAUGGGAUCGGAGAGCCGCCUAGUUAUAGACGUGAAACUCGUGCGAAUGAGGUUUCUUUCGGAUAUAAUCAUGACAAUAAUCAUCAUGGUAGUGUUGGUGUAGCUGUGGGUAGAGGUGAUGAUUCGCACCCACCACCUCCUUAUUCUUCUACUGUGUAA